AAUGCCAAAUGCCACCCGUGAAACACCCCCGUUUCCCCAGAGCCUGACCCGAGCAACUCGGCUUCAGCUCGCCGUCCGCCCCUUCCUCCCGCCGCCUCUCUCCCCUCCGCCCUCCUCUCAACUCCUCUCCUCCCGCCGCCGGCCCCUCCUUCACUCCCACUGCCGGUCCUCCUCCCCGCCGCAACCACCGGCCUUACCUCACGCCGCCGCCGACCCUCCCUCGAUGCCCCACGUCUAGUCCGCCCCCUGCAUGGAGCGGUGCAGGAUUUGGUGGCCGCGCCAGCAGCUUCAGCCCGGAUUGGAGUCCGGCUCUGCCAGAUACGUUCUGCUCGGAUGGCUCUUCUCCCGCGCGGGCUCUGUCGACAUCGUCGUCGCGGACUUCGUCUCCGAGGGAGAGAUCUUGCGGUCCUUCCCUAGCGUCGACACCUUCCAGACCAUCAUCCUUUCCUCAAACAAAAGGAUGCCAGUGAGGCUACAAGAAUCUGCUGCAUUUACCAUCCUUGGGGAUUGUGUUAUGCAUCUUCCAAGAGAUUUUGAAGUCUGUUGUUGUAAACAAAAAUGUCAACCACUGCACACUCAAGUUUUUCAGAAGCAGCAUUUUGACACAAACCAAGGCAGUUCUGUUGUAUCAAAUGGAUCACUAGGAAGUGAAAAUCUACCCCGAGGUGAAAAUAAUAGAAAUCAGGAAUGUGAUUGUAGUGUAUUAGAUGGUUUUAUGGACACUUGCAAGAAGUCAGUGGUGAAAGGUGGCAAGUGGGUGCACUUCUGCUGCAAGUCUGAAAAGAGCUUUGGAUGCAAUAUGAACCAAAUUCCAGUGCUUCAUCAUUUGUAUCUUGAUAACCAGAAGGUUGAACUUAAUCAUUUGCACGUUAUACUGUAUGAUGUUCCAAUUGCUGGUAGAAGUCAUUUUUCCCUGGGUGAGGAUGCACCUCAUAGGUUAAAGACCCCCUUCAAAGUGCCAAAUUGGAUAAAUAAUCUGCAAAAGAAACCAUCAGUUCUUGAUUUGGAUCCGAUUGUUUUGGCGCUUAAUUGUUCAAAUGCAGCUAAACUGCCAGUUGCUUGGAAAACUGCUGCCAAUAGUUCUGUCGCUCAUGUCUUUUUUGCAACUAUAUUUGAUGCCUUGGUUCAGGUGGUACAACAUUUCACAGGAGUAUUUUUUACUUUUGUAUCGACUAUCGUCUACAUCAUCAUUCAAUUGUUUCAAAAAUGUUUGAGCCAUAUGCCUGAGUAUUUCAUGUUACAAAAGGUUUUCAGACAUUCAUGGAGAAAUAUCCAUAUACGUAGUUGCCAAAUUCUAUACUGGCCAAUUUUCCUCCAAGAUACCUCCCUAAGCUCCUCUGUGAAUGUCGAAUAUGCACACAGAGCUGCGAUCCAGAAGCAUGCAUUGUGGUCAAGUAUUAUCAUCGAUCUUCUGAUGGGUUUCAUCCUUGGAGCAGCACUAUUGUUAAACACAGAGAUUAUUUGUUCUUGGACUUUUGCUCUUCUCCACUACAUGACAGAUGCUGUCUUGAGAUCUGGUUGUGUGUGGCUGAUGGGUGUUCCAGCAGGCUUUAAGCUUAACACAGAGUUAGCGGAGCUUCUAGGCAUGAUUUCUCUGAAUGCAAUCCAGAUUUAUUCUACCCUUUGGUUCAUCAUGGGAGGCGUCCUGAGGCAUAUAGUUCGAGGCCUUGCAUUUUCUGGAAUCCUUUUUGGUUUCACAGUUCCUGUUUCAUUCUUCAUAGACAUUAUCCAGCUUGCGACGUUGCAUGUUACCAUGCUUCAGUGGUUAGUCUCAUUGAUAUACUCAAGGCAGAUUCAGACAGUUACAUCGUUGUGGCGUCUUUUCAGAGGGCGCAAAUGGAAUCCUCUUAGGCAGAGAUUAGAUAGCUAUGACUAUACGGUUGAACAACAUGUGGUUGGUUCACUUUUGUUUACACCAGUCUUGCUUCUUCUACCCACAGCUUCUAUAUUCUAUGUAUUCUUCACUAUGUUGAGCAGCACAAUCAUUUGUUUGUGCAUAGUAUUGGAAAUUGCAAUAUGUAUAAUCCACUGUACUCCAUAUGCUGCAUUAAUUCUAUGGGUGACAAGGAGGCAAAGAUUUCCUGCUGGAUUAUUACUCCUACCUGUGUCGUUGUCAUCUGUAUGCACUGAUGAAGAGGAUGCCCAAUCAGUUGAAUAUUGUUCAGCCAGUGGAUUUGGUGAUAGGCAAACAGACCAUCUCGUCCAUGUACAUCCAGGACCUUUAGUUUCAAGACUUCACUGUAACUAUAACACUAUCGGGCAAGUGAUAGGACCACAUUACCGAAAAGCUUUUGAUGGGAUUGCUCUCUCCUUCUGCAAACAAUUGGCUCAUGGAAUUCUCAGCGGUGCAAGGAUCCCAACAACACUGCACCUGCCGUCUUCUCCGUUCCCCUGGAUGCAUAUUGGCAUUAGACAAUAUUGGAUGCUCUGCCGUGACGCAACCAAGCAGGGAUGGAAUUGAAGUUUUUCGUGUACUGUCAACUUUAUACCGCCCUCGAGAUUUUGCUUCAACUGCCUAACACAGUAACAGAAUGUUGUUGUUCGUAAGAUGUCAUGUUGUUGACUGCUCUGUAGAUGAUCGCUGAAAUACCAUUUGGAGUUUAUAGGAAGUUAGGAACCGAUGUUGCUCAAUUCUGUCUCACCCAACCAACAGAUUUUGCAAUGGACAAGUACUGACAUACUUUAGAGAAGUCUUCACCAGUCCUUUUUUUUAA